AUGGAUGACAGACUGUUCUUCGCGCCCAUUAAAACCCCCACGAAGGUCAUUGAUUUUUCCACGGGCUCCGCCAUUUGGCCAGUGGAAUUUGCGGACAUUUUUCCCGAAUGCAACUGCACGAAACCUGGGGGAUGGGUCGAAUUCCAUGAUUGGGACACGCAUCCUUACUCCGUCGACGGAUCGUUAACGGGCACCGACCUCGAGCAUUACUAUCACGUGGUCCUGGCCGCAUUUAUCAAGCAGGGGUAUUACACGCAGCCCGGAAAGCAUCUUGAACAGUGGAUUACCGAUGCUGGCUUUGUAAAUGUCCAUGUCAAGAAGUAUCGGGUUCCGCUGGGGACGUGGGCAAAGGGAGGGAAAAAUAAACGAAUGGGCGCGGAUAAUCUCAUGCAGUUCUUCGAGGCAAUCGAGGGGGGAGCCAUGGCGGUGAUGACGCGAUACGAAGGGUGGACGCCGCAGGAAGUCCAGAUCCUGACGUCCAAAGCCCGCAGCGAUGCCCGGAGACCCGAUGUGCAUGUCCUGUUCGAUUUGUAUGCAGUGGGGGGCCAGAAGCCCGAGAGUUGA